AUGGGGUCUUGCUUUAGCAAAUGUACACCUAAGAAAAGAAAAUUCAAGGAAGAGUUUAACCAUGUCCAAGACAAGCUUGUCAUCUCCCAAGCUCCUCCGGCUGUGUCGCCACUCUCUCUCCCCACACAUAAAACACUCCCUCCUCCUCCAUCUCCACCUACUAGUAGCACUAGCAGUGGGUGUUCGCUGUCAUCAUCGUUAUCGUUGUCAUCGUCUUGCUCAUCUUCAGUUUUAAGCUCAAGGGACCGGUCAUUUUCGAGUGAGUUCUUAUGGUCUUGUGUUAAGGAGAAUCCACAUAUAAUUGGUCUCGAUACAAUCAAGGGAAGUCUUGAACAGCCAGUGAAGAAUAGAAUUCAUGCCCGAAAAUUCGACUUACCAGCUAAAACAAUUGUUGCUCCACCAUCACAAAAGCAACCUGUUGCAGAAAUGGUACUACAUUCGACACCACAGAAGAGACCUCGUUCAAAUUCACCAACUCUUACAAGACAAAAAAGCUUUAGAAGGGAACCUGAGAGACCAAGUUCCACUUAUCUCCAUCCAAAUAGAACCACGAGAUCACCAUCUCCAAGUCGAAGAUUUAAUGGAGAUAACUGUAGGGGGGUUUCGAAAAAUACACAGCAAGAGAUUAGUUACUACAAGCAAUCGGUUGGCUCAAUGGAAAAUGCAGUUAAUUCUUCAGGGUUGUUUGGGAGGAAGGAAAAUCUUAGGCCUGCAAGUCCAAACAACAAUUUGGGGAGAUAUCAUUCUUCUUUGAAGAAUAAAGUGGCAUAUGCUCACCAGGUUGCAAAAGUUGAUGAAAUUUCAGUUCCAGCAGCAGUUUCCAGUCAAAACGUUGAUCCAAUUCCAAUGGAGGACAUUGAUAAUCCUCUCAUUGCCUUGGACUGUUUCAUUUUUCUGUAGCAUUGAGUGUCCAUGUAUGUUGAUGUAUGUGUUGUUUAUAGGC